UUCCUUCAACUCUUUGUGAGACGGGAUUAAGGCUUGCGUUUACACACCAAAGUGAUUUUAAUUACUUGUGAGCACAGUGCGUUUUUUUCAAGCCAAGGUUUGAGAAGUCAGACUGAAGCCUUCAUCAUCUGGUUACUUGAAAACACACAAAAACAGCUUGUUAAAUUGAACCCUAUUACAGUUUGAUUCUCAAUUUACACCUUAGUAGCUCCGGAGACAGACGGUUGAGCGUGUGGACUGCAGCUAUCGAAUUUUCAAUUCGUGAAAGUUCAAUUCGUGAAAGUUCAAUUCGUGAAAGUUUACAGUAUUUUUAAAGGAAACAAAAGAGAGUUCGCUGGAUGGAAAGGGACAAUGGAUUGCAGAAACCAGUGGUUUUUCCAUUUUUGAUCGAGGAGCCAAAAGCGAGUCACCAAGAUGCAACGAAUCGCUCAUUCCUGAAUGGGAUGAUGACUAAGUGGUCUCGUAAUCAUAACAGACGAACACCAAUGGUAAAGGACGCAUUCCCUCCUAGCAAAACCGUCCUCCACGGCAGGGAACGAUAUUCAAAAGGAUUUCACAGCCCAAGUCAUAAAGAGAUGAUCUGCAAGAGUUAUUCAUGUCCGAAAAUCAUCGACAUGAGUAACAUCGACUUCUACCAGGAUCGCGUUAGCCAACGGCAACCAAGGCGAAUAUUCAAUGGUUUCUUCCCGAACAAGAUUUUGACCACUCAAGGCUGCAUUGGCAAUGAUCACGGAGCAGCUCAUUCGACUAGAGGUCGAACGCUCCAGCCUCAGGUUGGAAUGUGUUUGCAAAGGAAAGAUUCGGCAAAUUUCACAGGUCUCAGCUCAAGUCGUGAGUUGCAUUCCUCAGGAAAUUUUCACCGACCAAGUUAUCAGUCUACCGACCCUAAUGUUGGACACUUCGGUUGUCGCCGCUCAGAUUCGUCGUGGCCCGUGAGGAAUGGUUCGCCAUCACCAUGGUUACAACGGUAUAAACUUAAGAAGAGAGCUACCACAUCUUAUGCCUUGAAGACUGGUCCGAGUGGUCAGGACUACUGUGAACCAGGUGAUCAUGAGAUCAGGCCGAAACGAAGCCAGAAAUAUGUAAAUAUAUCAACAGCUGUAAUCUUGGAUGCUUUUUGAGCAUAGGAAAUGUUUUGGCUUGAUUGGGUCACACA